GAAUAUAAUACGUAAAUGUUAUGGAUGUAUGUUAAAAUAUUCAGUGCGGAUCUAAUUUGGGCGACCUUAGAAAGGGCGUCUGGAGAUUUACAUCGUUGUGAUGGCUGCAUCUCUCCGGUCUCUGUCGUCGGCUGCAGUGUCAGCCAGACAGGUCCAACUCACCAAAGCUGCUGUUGGUUACUCAGUUGUUAGAAAUCAGACAACAAAUUCCAAAAAGAAUGUUUAUGGACCUUUAAAAGAUGAGGACCGUAUUUUUACCAACUUGUAUGGUCGUCAUGAUUUCCGCUUAAAAGGUGCUUUAGCUAGGGGUGACUGGUAUAAGACUAAAGAAAUUAUUCUGAAAGGACAUGAAUGGAUCCUGAAAGAAACUGUCACGUCUGGCUUAAGAGGCCGUGGUGGAGCUGGUUUCCCAACUGGAAUGAAAUGGGGUUUCAUGAAUAAACCAUCAGAUGGGAGACCUAAAUAUCUUGUGGUUAAUGCAGAUGAAGGUGAGCCAGGAACCUGUAAAGACAGAGAAAUCAUCCGAUGUGACCCUCAUAAACUUAUUGAAGGAUGUUUGGUAGCUGGUCGAGCCAUGGGUGCGAGAGCAGCCUACAUCUAUAUUCGUGGAGAAUUUUAUAACGAAGCUUCUAACUUGCAGAUUGCCAUUAAUGAAGCCUAUGCUGCUGGGUUAAUUGGUAAGAAUGCUUGUGAUUCUGGUUAUGAUUUUGAUGUAUUCGUGCACCGGGGUGCUGGAGCCUAUAUAUGUGGUGAAGAAACAGCUUUGAUAGAAUCUUUGGAAGGCAAGCAAGGAAAACCUCGUCUGAAGCCACCGUUUCCUGCUGAUGUGGGUGUCUUUGGGUGUCCCACGACAGUGUCCAAUGUUGAAACUGUAGCUGUGGCACCUGCAAUUUGCAGGCGAGGUGGAGAAUGGUUUGCUUCAUUUGGUCGAGAGAGAAAUCGUGGCACAAAGCUGUUCAAUAUUUCUGGACAUGUUAAUAACCCCUGUACAGUGGAAGAGGAAAUGUCAGUGCCAUUAAAAGACCUAAUUGAGCGACAUGCUGGUGGUGUUAUUGGUGGUUGGGACAACCUACUCGCAAUUAUUCCAGGUGGUUCCUCUACACCUCUUCUGACCAAAAAGCAAUCAGAAGAUGUCUUAAUGGAUUUUGACAGUUUGAUCCAAUCUGGAACAGGUUUAGGUACAGCAGCUGUCAUUGUGAUGAAUAACUCUGCAGAUGUCAUCAGAUGUAUAUCCCGUUUAAGUGAUUUUUACAAACAUGAGAGCUGUGGACAGUGUACCCCAUGUCGUGAAGGGUGUGCUUGGAUGCAGAAGAUAAUGACACGUUUUGUUGCUGGCAAUGGUCAACCAGAAGAAAUUGAUAUGUUAUUUGAACUGUCCAAACAGAUUGAAGGUCACACCAUAUGUGCUCUUGGAGAUGGUGCUGCUUGGCCAGUACAGGGUCUCAUACGUCACUUCAGGCCUCUCAUUGAGGACCGAAUGCUCCAGUACAAGAAGAAGGUGGCUGCAAAGAACUGAAGCAAGAAUGAGAAGCAGAUGUAUUUUAAAUUAGAAAGGAAAUAAA